AUGGAACCUGAAAAGAUCAGUUUCCUAGAUAAGACUGGCACUGAAUUAGCCAGCAAGUCUACAGUCUUUCAAGCUAUGACUUUACUCUUAGAGAUGCUGCUUCUGGUGGCUGUGAUGAUUCCGGUCCUCCCUGCAGGUGAACCGGAACCAGAAUUAGCUGAUGUGUUAACUACUCUACUUCACGUGCAAAAUGAGAUUGUAAAUAAACACAACGAACUAAGACGCAAUGUCACUCCAACAGCCAGCAACAUGCUGAAAAUGCAGUGGGACAAUAAAGCUGCAGCUAAUGCCCAAAAGUGGGCAAAUGUGUGCAAAUUUGAACACAGUGAAAAAUGGAUGCGGAAAACUGAUAGCCAGUGUGGUGAGAAUCUCUAUGUGGCAAAUUUCUUUCCUCUAUGGGAAAAUGUAGUCCAAGCGUGGUAUGAUGAAGUCAAGGAUUUUGUGCCUGGUGUCGGACCAGUGAGUUCAACAGCAAUUGUUGGACAUUUCACUCAGGUCGUUUGGUAUUCAUCUAGUAAAGUUGGAUGUGGAGUGGCUGAGUGUCCUGACCUAGGCAUACUCUAUGUUUGCCAAUACUGUCCUGGUGGUAAUCAUGUAAAUCGCCUGUAUCGGCCUUAUGACCAAGGAAUCCCUUGUGCCAGUUGCCCUAACGACUGUGACAAAGGACUAUGCACCAAUAGUUGUUCUGAAGAGGAAGAUAAAUUCAGUAACUGUCAAGAUCUGAAGAGACAGUGGACGUGCAGUCAUCAGUUUGUCAGCGACAAUUGCAAGUCCAGCUGCAACUGUAUAGGCAAAAUUUAUUAA